AUUCAUUAUUGUUGGUGUCGGGCGGAGAAUGCUGACGAGUUACUUCUGCCGUUGACACGAUCCUCCUAAUGCUUUCUCUUGCCUGAUCUGAAUAUUUUCUGUGCUCUAGCUUGGAUAUUAUACGCCUUAUCGCUUUGAAAUUUCCUCUUCCUUUUUUUCUCCUGCAACAGAUUGAAGUAAAAUCCACAUAGAUGACGUUGUGCUAGCUGAAAAUCAAUUUUUACCUCAUAAUGAAGGUUAUAUGUGCCCUGGUUUCCCUGUUGCUCUUCGCGGGAGGAGGGUACACCGCCCCAUCAGGGGCUCCUGACCAAGGUCAACCGGAAACGGAAGUGCUCCCUGUCGAUGACACUGAAGAUAAAGACCAACAACCUUUAUCCAACUUGCCCAAGCCAGGGGAUGGGAAACUGAUACCUGAGUUCUUAUCAGAAGAACCUUUGGCAGACAAGAUUGACGGGAAUGAAGAAGGAGACAAUAAUAAAGAACUGGAAGAUAUAUCAUACGUUUCUGCAAACGAUGAAGAUGACAUCUCUGAAUACUCAAUGUCCUAUCCGUCGUGGUUGCCUGAUGGGUUUUUCACAAGUAUCAACGACGUGGACGCCGAACAGACCGAGGAAGCUAUCCUGGAUGGGAUCGAAGCUGCGCUUGUCAAUGAGAAAAUUGAGCCGCUGUACAGAUCGAUAUCACAUCUGAAGUCGCUUCUGCAUCAGCUGCGGGAGAAGGCCAGUCAGGACCUGGAGUCGAUGUCCGGGGAGGAGAGUUUUUAUUCAUCUUCAGGGGAGUCCUACGAUGAUUCAGCCACGCGGGGUGACGACAACUUAGACAUGAUGGCCGGGAACGGAUACGGUGCUGUUUCAGAUGAUAGACUGCGCUUCCCCGGUCAGGUAAUCCAAGGUAACCAAGAAGUGCCAAAGAACGGCUCAAAGGCAAUACCGAAGAACAAUGCCAUUGAGUCAGCAAUGAACAACGUUCCUGAAACAUACAGGAAGGCAAAUCACAUAAAGCCUGGUCGACGUUUCAAGAGAGACUUAGGUUGGGGACGCCGGGGCAAACCAAGGUAUAACAACUUGGCAGUUGCUGAUGCAGAUGAUGACAGCAUAUCGUCGGUGUUAGCAGAUGAAACCGUUGAUGGUGACUCUGCGCUAGAGUCAUCAUGGAUGAGUUCUUCCGAUGCAGGGGACUCCGCUCUUGAGCUCAACGAUAUUGGGAGGAAACCGCUGAACUUUCAACAAAGAAUAGAAAUUAAACCAAGAGAGGAAACAAACUGGAGAAAGGUCUUUCUUAAUCUGCGUGGUCGUCUUGGAGCGCCUAUACAGAGGCUGGACAGGAGAAGAAGAAAUAAAGAGGAUCUGAAAACAUUCCUCAACAGCAUGCCAACUUUGGAAGGUCUCCGGAAACGCACAUUGAUUCCCGAUGAAGAUGAGGACGAGGAGUUUGAAAUACCAGACCCGGGACCGUUCUACCCCGAGCCGCUGAAUCUUCCACCACCAGACAACGUUAUCCGCCCAGAGCUACCACCUGAUGAUACGUUGCCAUGGGAACUGCCUCCUGAUUUCGACGAGGACAACGCCUUGCUGGAGGAGCAGACGAAUGGCCUUGAUAUGAUCAACCAUUAUAAUAAACGAUAUCGGUAUCUUAGGGAUGUUGAGCGUUCCAUCAUGGAUGAAUCCCUAGAAGACUUGGCCCUACAGCUAGCCGGGAGGCAGCCAUCGAGGUCUAACGCUCUUAGGGUUCGGAGAGUCAUGCAGAUUCCACCACCGCCCCCAUACGGUAGAAAGGUGGUAAAAUCACUCUACAGGAAGAAAGCCUAUGGCUAUCCUUUCAUGGCAGACGAGUUUGCUGAUGAGUUGAUACCGAACUCAUGGGAGUCCGGCGGAGAAGACUUCAACCAACCCUACAAUGCCUUCAACCCGCAGGACCAGGACGAACCACAUUCGUGGGGAGAAUACCUCCAGUUUGGUCGUAUCGAAGGUUCUAAUGAAGCCUCGGAUAUGGUAUCCCGGCUGAUGUCCGCAAUCAAGACCAAGGAAGCCAAAGAUACCAUCCUCGAACAUCUACUGCACAUCAGGGACGCAUCUCCAGAACUCCAGAGAGAAAUCCUCCUCCAGGCAUUGGUGGCUGAAGCUGAUCCGGUGGAUGGCGGACCCAACAACGUCCUUGGCUAUGACAACCAGCAGUUCGAUUCGGAUGAGGACACGCAGUGGGGUAACUUCAAAUCCAACGAGGAAACCGACGACGAUGGCGAAAAUGCAAUAUCCGACGACCAGACUGAAGGCGAAGGAAACCAUGACACCAACCAAAAUGCCGCUGCAGGAAACACCGUGGAAGUGGGUGGCUGGGACAGUUCUUUAUCUGGAGAAGAUAAAGGGACGAACGAAGCCGAAUAUUUUUCAGAUGCUUCCGAAUCGGACGCCUCAGUUCCCGACUGGGAGGAUAUCCCAGACGAACUCCAAUCAAACAUUCCUCAACUCUUUGAAGAGAUGAAACAACAAAUUUUGAUCCAAAAACUUGCCGAAUUUUUACAACGUACCGCUAGCAGUGAAAACCGAAGAAUAUAACUUCACUCUUCUUUCAAAUAUUGAUUACUAGUUAUUUUUAUUUCAAGUUUUAUCAGAUGUUAUUCCGAUAGAUUUUAAUUCAGACGCAAGGGUCUUAAAUCAGGCAUAACUGAUAUUGACACAACGGGGGUUCGUGAAUUGAUUGAUAAUUCUAUUAGCAUGUAGGGUAUAAUUGAUUCAUCUGAUUUAACAGAAGUAUUCUUAGACUACUGUCUGAAGUAAACAGUAUGAAAAAAUGAAGCAUAUUAAGAUUAUCAGUGGUUGCAAACAAGCAAUCUUUUUUUAAACUGAAAAGUUUACUUUUGUUUUCCACGUUGAUGGUGUAAACAAAUUUGAAUUAAUUGAAAAGGAAAAUAAAGAUCAUUUUCUUUUUUCAUUUUAAAUGAUUGUCUGAUUGUGGGGCCAUCGGGCUUUGUGUUUAUCAAUUGCAAAAGUUGUAUAUUCAUUAUAUUUGAUGAAGGGGGUCGGGGGCGAAGGAGAUUGAUUUAUCUUAUAUCAAUGAGCGAUGAAUGCUAACAACUUGCGACUUUUAGAUUAGCCAACGAGUGUUGCAAACCCUCACGAAUGUUUGCUCGCAAUAUCAAAAUCUAUUUUCGAACUGCUUCAAAACUGAAAAAUAAUAUGUUAGCAAACGUUUGACACAUCUUUUAUGAUCAAAUUGUCGAUUUAAUAUAGGAGCCAUGUGGUAAAUUAGUCGCUAGUAUAGGCGAAUCAAACAGAAUUUCAGCGACACCGUCUUAAAACCGUUUGCAAAGGCCCGGGGCAAAGGCUUACGACUGGUUUGCAAACGGUGGCAACUGUUUGAGGAAAAAAUAUAUAUACUUUCUUGCAGCCUUUUACGAAGCUUUUACAACCUAUUAUACGAACUCUGGCGAAAUCUCAAUCUCGCUACGUUCGCAAACAUUCGCCGGUCAGUGAUCAGAUACCCCCUUUAUUUACAAUAUUAUUCAUUCUUUGAGCGAAAACAAGAUCUGUAUUAUAGUCUUCAUGAAAGUAAAAUGUUUUAUUUCGUCAUCAUUCCAAGAGGGCGCAUCUGCAAAGAAUUUAUAUUAAUUAAAAAAGGUCUGCAAUGCUUCCUGUGUCAUGACAGUCUUAAAUCAUUGAUUCCUCUUUGGACCCACCUUACUGGCAUGAUUGAUAUUCCCUCAAGAACAUUUUCAGAUUAUCCUCUAUACGAAACCUUUAUGAUCUUUGCUACCCAAUCUGCCAGUGCCAUUAUAAAAUGGCUAUCCAGGGGUCCGGUCCGGGUAAAAUAUCCGACAAAUUCUUUCAUGAAACCCUCGAAAGGUUAUCGUAUUUUUAUUAUACAAGGCAUUUUCAAGUAUAUGUUGGGGGUGUUGUGGUCUAGUGGUAAUGGCUCUCUUUCAAUCUGAGGGACGUGGGUUCAAUUCCCAGCUGCCAUGGCGUGUUUUCCUUCAGCAAGAUAUUUACACAUAUUGUGCUGCACUCAACCCAGGUGAGGUGAAUGGGUACCCGGUAGGAAGAAAUUCCUCGAAUGCCAUGCAGAGCGCCUGUAUGCAUCAUGGCUAUAGCUGGGGUAAUAAUAACAGUACUUUGUAUGGUCAGACAAAAAGCGCUUUAAAAAUCCAGCCAUUGUUAUUACAAUUAGUGUAUGUAUGAAAUAUUGUUCUACACAUAAUAUUAGUCAAAUUACCUCACUUGACUUUGAGAAGUGUCGAAAACAUAUACCUGAUUGCAAUAUUGAACAAAAAAAGUGUUGUUUUGAAGGAAAUAAAAUGACGGCAUCUCUCUUUAAAAAAAAUAUGAUCAGAUGUACUGAAACUUUUAAUUUAAGCAAAUUGAUGAUUGUUACAUGCUGUAUGGAGGACACUAGCGUACCUACGGGGGAGAGAGGGGGCAGACUGCCCCCCUGACGAGUCACAACCCAUGCAAGGGACAUAUCCCUGCCCCCCUGACGAGUCUUGAAGACCUUUUUUUUUUUUUUUUUUUUUUUUUUUUGCUUGUCAAAUUUUUUUCUGGUACGAAAACCUUUAUUUGUGGUUAAGGACCUUUUUCUUUUUUUUUGCUUGUCAAAUUUUUUGGCGGACGAAUUGCCCCCCGUGUGGAAAAUCCUAGGUACGCCACUGAUGGAGAGUUGUCAUAAUUGGCCUAUAUCGUUCAUACCAUCUUGCCUGCCGUAAAAUAUAUGGGAUAAUUUAGAUAUGAAAUGAAGCUAGGGGAACAUUACAAAUCUAUUCGUAUGUUUUAAUUACAGUACUUAUAUUUGUAGUAAACACAUCGACGGAGAUGUAACAAUCAUGGGAUUUAUUGAAUAAGCAAACGCAGUUUUCUGCGGAAGCAGAAAAUCUGUCGAUCGAAUAUUUUAUGUAAAAUAUGUUUUAAUAUAUUUUGUGCAAUUUGAAAGUAGUUGUCUAGUGUUGAAAUGUAGAUAUAGAGAGAAAAAAAUUAUUGUUUUGUGGAAAUUAUUUGUUGGUGCACGAUGUGACUUAUUCAUGUAUCUCAGAUAGAUCAUUAUUUAAAAUAUUAAAAGCUUUCUUCUUCUUCUA